AUGGUUUCUUUUCUUGUUAUUCUACUAACUGUAACAUUAGUAAGUGGUUAUACUUGUGAAUGUCUACCUAGUGGUAUUAGUUAUGACGAAGGUUUUAAAGCAGUGAGUGGCACGAACAAUGACUGUACUUCUCCGCUUAAAAAAUACAUCUGUUUAAGUAGUGACUUUAUUUUUACUGUUUCUAAUGAAAUCUUGUUGUUUGAUUAUAUAACUAUCAGUAAGACGGUCUCAAUAACACAUAUAAAUGUUGGAUGGAUUAAUGUGAAACACAUCCAAUUUACAGAGAACUCGAUCACCAAUUUCAAAAAUUGUCCAUUUCACACUAACACUGAAUUUGUAGUUAAUAGUGGAGCUACUAUAAACGCCAAUAUACACUUUUCUAUAGCAGGCAAUUUUAAACCAACAUCUCCAAAACUGAAUGCACCACAAGUUUUAUUAAUAGAUUGCACAUACUUCCAUUUAAACAAAGGAUUUAAUGGAAGGGACAAUUUCACUGUAGUGAAUCCGAUAGGCAACACUCAGUGUUUUGACAUGUUUUCUAUGCGCGAAGGACAAAUCCUUAAUUCCCCACAACACUCAUUUACAACAAGUAUGUUUCCUUUUCAAUUUACAGAUGGAUACGCCUACCUAUUAUCAAAUAACAAGUUAAUGCGAUUUUGUCCUAAUACAGCUUCAAUCAAUUAUAACGUGGUUUGUAGAAUGAGAGGAAAUACAUAUAAAAAGGAGUUUUUAUAUGGAAAUUCAAUAGAGAAUUACCCAUUUGAAUAUCCACAUUGUCCAUGUGACAACGCUACAGCCACAAUAUGCAGUUUAAUGUUCGACAAAGAAAAUGAAACAUAUGAUUUUGCUGGUGAGACGUUAACUACCACGACUCUUAUCGUCGACAAAAAUGUCAAUUGGAAAAGAUUAUAUGGAGUUUCAGCUAUUACAGUGAACAAUAAUUGUAUAUUAAAAGUUGACAAAUUUUGGACGACGAUUCGAGUUGAUUUCACUUAUGGGUCUUGUGUUAUACCACAAACAAAUUAUACGACAAGUGGUCUAACUUUGUUCUUUAACAAUAAUAUAAAGAAAAUGAGUUGUAUUGGAUAUAUAAUUAUGAGUAUAAUUAUUAACAAAAACAAUAGAGUAUUUGCUUUGGAUUGUGAAGGAUUGAUUAAUACCAUUAAUACAUAUGGUAACAUUUUUGUUCAUGUUACUAAAAAGGUAAAUCAUAUAAAAUCUGUUUCAACGACUAACACUCUAACUAAUGAGUAUAACGUGUUUUAUUUUGAAAGUGAAAGUAUUUCAAAUGAAGUCCUCCCCAAUUGUAUUUUAAUGAAAUCAUUUAACAACACAAAUACUUGUUUAAAAUGUAAUUCAAAGACAAAACUGUUAUAUGGAAAAUGUACACAAGCAGAUGUCCAUUGUGUUGAAUAUAAUAAAAAUGAUGUGUGUAUACAAUGUACUGAAAAAUACUAUUUAAAUUCAACACAUCAAUGCGUUCAAACCAAAAGUGACUGUUUGCGACAAGUCGGCACUUUUUGUGUAAAAUGUGACACAAAUUAUUUUGUAGAAAAUGGGAAUUGCAUAUUAAAAUCCGACUGUCUAUAUGGUGAGAGAAACACGUGUUUAAAAUGUGUCAAUGGAAAUCAAAUCGGGAAAUGUUUAAAAUGUGACAGUACAAAUUGUGAAAAAUGUGAUUUAAAUAUAUGUACUAUUUGUAAGCAGAAUUACAUUAAAAAUAACAAUUCUAUUUGUUUUAAGGAGGAAAACACAAUUUCAAGUGGAGUGAAUUCAAUUUAUUGUAGUGAUAAUUUUUAUAUGAACACCUCAAAGUGUCUCUCAUGUAAUACUAGAGAUAUCAAAUGGAUCAAAUGUGAUAUUCAAAAAGCGCUUUUGUGUUCUGAAAAUUACAAAACAAAUGAAAGUGGAAUUUGUGUUUCAACACUUUGUAAAGACAACGAGAAAAAAGAGGAGAAUGGGAGAUGUGUUAAUUCUAAUACAACUUGUGAAUUUACAGUGAAUAAAAAAUGUGUUUCGUGUGCUUUAAAUAAUCAUUUAGAUAAUAACACGUGUGUAAACACUGACAUUCAUUCAAUUGAAAUUGAAAAGUGUUUACAAGUGAAUAUCUUUCAAUGUGUUCGUUGUGAAGACAAUUAUAUUUUAAAUAAUGGAAAGUGCAUCACUUGUGAAGGAAAUUGCUCAACUUGUAUUUCAACGCCUUCAUUUUGUUUAACAUGUCAAAACGGAUUUUAUUUGAAUAAUCAACAUGAGUGCAUUUCAAAUGAAAUUUUAGCAGAGAAAUGUGAAAAGAUGUCACAAGUAAUAAAUGGGUGUUAUGAGUGUAAAAAUGGGUAUUUCAGACUUGUAAAUGGGUUGUGUUUACCACAAAGUAAUAUUAAAGGGUGUGAAGUUAAUGUUACACAGAAUGGGUGUUUUAAAUGUCAAGAUGGAUAUUAUAUAGUGAAUACCAAUGAAUGUGAAAAGUGUCAUGAUAAUUGCAAAACAUGUUCAUUAAAAACUACUAAAUGUACUUCCUGUAUAUAUACACGUGUUUUACAGUCAAACGAAGUUUGUUAUGAACUCUCCCAAAUAAAGAAGUGUAAACAAAUUGAAGACUCAAAAUGUACUCAUUGCUCUUUUUGGAAUGAACCCAAUGAAACGGGGACUUUUUGUCGAAACAAGGCAGUCUGGUGGGUCAUACUGUUACUGGUUUUAUUUACAAUUCUUCUACUUAUUAUUUCUAUAAUAUUAUUAUGUUUUAUAACAAGAGUGAUAUUAAGAAAAAUGUCACAAAAAAGUCUAGAAAAAACAACGACAAUAUUUGCUAUGAAAAGAUCGAAUGUGACGUUCUUUGCCCUUUCCAAUGGGAUGUGUGUUGAUCGGGACACACUCAUUUAUACCAAUGAAAUUAAUGAAGAAGAAGAAAUUCGAGUUUGUCACGAAACAAAAGGACUUUUAUGUGUUGGAAAUUCAAAGAACAAAGCAGUGAAAGUGCAAUUUUCGAGUAACACAAAUGACGAAAGUUAUACAAUACGAGUCGACCCAAAUAUUAUCACUUUAAAGCGUGGUUUUGCCUGUGAAUUUUCUAUAUAUCUGAUGCCAAAGUACACAACAAAUAUAAACAGUGACAUUGCGAUCAUAUCAAAGUCGUAUGAGAGUGGCGUUGAAGCUUUCAACAAAAUUAAAAUCAUUGCAAAAACAGAGACCACUACGCGCCUUGACCCAAAUGAAAUUAUUGAAGAAAAGAAAAUUGGGGAAGGAUCUUUUGGAGUUGUUUAUAAAGGCAGUUUUAGAGGAAAUGUCGUAGCCAUUAAGAAGAUGAAAGAGACAAAUAUCAUUGAAAAAGGUGAUGAUGUCUUAGAUGAGUUUACAAAGGAAGUUGAGAUGCUUGACAAAUUUCGGAGUGAGUAUAUCGUCCAUUUUUAUGGCGCUGUAUUUAUACCGAGUAAAGUGUGUAUGGUCACCGAAUUUGCCUCAUAUGGGUCGUUACAAGACUUAAUGAAACAUAAAACUUCAAGUGAAAUUGACAUGAAAAUGAGAGUGAAAAUGAUGUUGGAUUCUGCUAAAGGGAUGUUGUAUUUACACCAAAAUGGGAUAUUACACAGAGACAUCAAACCAGACAAUUUUCUUGUGUGUUCGAUAAGUGAAAAAGAUAAGGUAAAUGCCAAAUUGACGGAUUUUGGAAGUGCUAGAAAUGUCAAUAUGUUAAUGACUAACAUGACAUUUACAGCGGGUAUUGGUACUCCUAAAUAUAUGGCUCCAGAAAUAUUAAAAUGUGAAAAAUACAAAGAAACAUCUGAUAUGUACUCUUUUGCUAUUACUAUGUAUGAGUGCUUCCAAUGGACAGAAGCGUACCCUAAAACGUUUUUUAAUUACCCCUGGAAAAUAGCAGAGUUUGUAACAGCUGGAAAACGACUUGAAAAGCCUGAAAUGAUUCGACAAGAAUUGUAUAAUAUCAUCACAUCGUGUUGGGGACAAAAUCCAAGAGAAAGAUGUUCUUCUUCUGAAGUAGUUGAGCAACUUAAGUUAUAUUUGGGUAUUUGA